CCACAUUUCAUUUUUCAUUUCUAACAUACUCUCUCUCUCUCUCUCUCUCACACACACACACACACACAAACAUUCUCUUUGCAAACUGUCAAAAUAGCUUCAAAAAAUGGGGGAAGUUGAAAUUUUAUCAAAUCAAGAUUAUGGUGAAAACCCAACUCCAAAGGUGGAGUUAAAAACGGAUUCAAGUUCAAAAGCUUCAUUUUCGGUAUUAUUUUAUGCAGCUGAUAAAUGGGAUUUGCUUUUAAUGUUGUUUGGGAGCAUUGGAGCUUGUGUUCAUGGUGCUGCUCUUCCAAUUUUCUUUGUUUUGUUUGGUCGAAUGAUUGAUUCUUUGGGCCAUUUAUCUUCACAUCCUCAUAGAUUGUCUUCAGAGGUUUGUAAGAAUUCUCUAUACUUGGUUUAUCUUGGACUCGUUGUUUUUGUGUCAUCAUGGAUAGGUGUUGCAUGUUGGAUGCAAACAGGAGAAAGGCAAACAAGCCGUCUGCGUUUCAAAUAUCUCCAAUCUGUGUUGAGAAAAGAUAUUAAGUUUUUUGACACAAUAGCCAAGGAUAAAAACAUACUUUUCCACAUUUCUAGUGACGCGAUACUUGUGCAAGAUGCAAUAGGUGACAAGAUAGGCCAUGGUUUACGUUAUCUUGCACAAUUCUUUGUUGGAUUCACUGUGGGAUUUACUUCGGUAUGGCAACUCACACUUCUCACAUUGGCAAUUGUCCCACUCAUAGCUUUUGCUGGAGGAGCUUAUACAGUGGUCAUGUCUACAUUGUCUGAAAAAAGUGAGGCUGCUUAUGCUGAAGCUGGAAAGGUCGCAGAGGAGAAUAUAUCACAAGUUCGUACUGUAUAUUCGUUUGUGGGGGAGAAUAAGGCAAUUGAAAUGUACUCUAUGUCACUUCAAAAUGCAUUAAAAUUUGGGAAAAAAAGUGGGCUUGCAAAGGGAGUGGGAAUUGGGUUCACAUAUGCACUUUUGUUUUGCGCUUGGGCUUUACUUUUAUGGUAUGCGGGUAUACUCGUGCAACACCAUCGCACAAAUGGUGGUAAAGCAUUCACAACAAUCAUCAAUGUCAUCUUCAGUGGAUUUGCUCUUGGUCAGGCUGCACCAAAUCUUGCGGCCAUUGCUAAAGGUAAAGCUGCUGCUACAAACAUCGUAAGCAUGCUUGAAGAAGACAUUGACAGUACAAGAAAGUUGAAUUCCGGAAUGGCAUUCUCAAAAGUGGCCGGGAAUAUCGAAUUCCAUGAGGUCUGUUUCGCGUAUCCGUCUCGACAAAAUACGGUUUUAGAAAAUUUGAGUUUUUCAAUCGGUGCGGGGAAAAAGAUUGCAGUUGUUGGUCCAAGUGGUUCGGGAAAAAGCACAAUCAUUUCUAUGAUCCAACGAUUUUAUGAUCCUAUCUCAGGGCAAAUAUUGUUAGAUGGCCAUGAUAUAAAAACUGUGCAGUUAAGUUGGUUAAGAGGGCUCAUGGGCCUAGUCAGUCAAGAACCAGCCUUAUUUGCCACAACAAUAGCCGAAAACAUUCUGUAUGGAAAACCCAAUGCCGAUAUGGCCCACAUAAUCGAAGCCUCCAUAGCCGCAAACGCCCAUUCUUUCAUUCAAAAACUACCGGAAGGCUACCAAACUCACGUCGGCGAAGGCGGAACCCAGCUUUCCGGUGGCCAGAAACAAAGAAUCGCAAUCGCAAGAGCCACAAUUCGAAACCCUAAAAUUUUACUUCUCGAUGAAGCAACAAGCGCCCUCGAUUCCGAAUCAGAACACGUCGUUCAACAAUCGUUAAACACCGUCAUGUCAAAUCGGACCACCGUCAUCGUCGCUCAUCGAUUAUCCACAGUUCGAGAUGUCGACACCAUUAUCGUUCUGAAAAACGGUCAAAUCAUCGAAAAAGGUAAUCAUUUGGAGUUGAUCUCUAAAGGCGGAGAGUAUUCCGGUCUAGUAAGUCUCCAAAACAAUUCGGGUCAAACCGGGUCGAACUCAAACCCCCAAAACUCGCCAGAUACUACCCGCACCAAUUUCGAAGAGUUUGACCCGAUAACAACAAAUUUAAAUACACUGAACUCAAAUGAGAAAAACCAAUCGGCGUCCACAUCUUCGAAGAAUACGCCGUCGAUUUGGGACCUUGUGAAGCUAAAUCAGCCAGAGUGGCCGUAUGCGGUGGUGGGAUCGGUGGGUGCGAUUUUGGCGGGAAUGCAAGCUCCAUUAUUUGCUCUUGGGAUUACUUAUAUCUUGACGUCGUUUUAUUCUCGUGAUAAUUCGAAAAUCAAAGAUGACGUGGAUCGUGCAUCGCUUAUAUUUGUGGCGGCGGGUGUUGUAACGAUUCCGAUUUAUAUGUUGCAGCACUAUUUCUAUACGUUGAUGGGAGAACGCCUCACCACUAGGGUCCGUUUAUCCAUGUUUUCAGCUAUACUAAGCAAUGAGAUUGGUUGGUUUGAUUUUGAUGAAAAUUCUACGGGAUCGCUUUUAUCAAAGUUGGCAGCAGAUGCAACACUAGUACGAAGUGCAUUAGCAGAUCGUCUAUCAACAAUCGUACAAAAUAUAGCGCUCACAGUGACUGCGUUUGUGAUCUCAUUUAUAUUAAGUUGGAGAAUUGCAUUAGUUGUCAUUUCGACUUUUCCCCUUUUAAUUGCAGCUUCCUUAACAGAGCAACUCUUUCUUAAGGGAUUUGGUGGAGACUACACAACUGCGUAUUCCCGAGCCACAUCCGUGGCUCGUGAAGCCAUGACUAACAUCCAAACCGUAGCCGCUUUCGGAGCCGAAGACCGAGUCUCAACUCAGUUCGCCGCCGAACUCGACCGCCCUGGGAAACAAGCUUGUCUCCGCGGUCACAUAUCGGGAAUCGGAUACGGUUUUUCCCAACUCCUAGCAUUUUGCUCAUACGCGCUUGGCCUUUGGUACGCAUCGGUAUUAAUCCAACACAAAAAUUCCAAUUUCGGCGACAUUAUUAAAUCCUUCAUGGUCCUAAUAAUCACCGCGUUAUCAAUAGCUGAAACCCUCGCACUCGCCCCCGACAUCGUGAAGGGGACACAAGCACUCGGUUCGGUAUUCGAAAUAUUGAACCGAGUGUCUGCUAUAAAUCCCGACCAUCGGGAUUUAUUAGCAGUAGAUAACAUCAAAGGAGAUAUUGAAUUUAGAAACGUGAGCUUCGCGUACCCGACUAGACCGGAAAUUAAAGUUUUGAAUGGUUUAAAUUUGAAAUUAAUGGCGGGAAAUAGUUUGGCGGUAGUUGGACCGAGUGGGUCCGGGAAAAGCACCGUGAUCGGACUUGUAACGAGAUUUUAUGAUCCUGAUCUCGGUGCAAUUUUCAUUGACGGUUUCGAUAUCAAGAAUUUGAAUUUAAAAUCGUUAAGGAAACGAAUUGGAUUGGUUCAACAAGAACCAUCGUUAUUUUCAACGAAUAUAUACGAAAAUAUAAAAUAUGGUAAUGAAAACGCAUCCGAAAUUGAAGUCAUAAACGCCGCAAAACUUGCGAAUGCUCAUGAAUUCAUUAGUCGGAUGCCGGAGGGUUACAAAACGGAUGUAGGGAACAAAGGGGUGCAGUUGUCCGGAGGACAAAAACAACGGGUGGCGAUUGCGAGAGCAGCAUUGAAAGAUCCGUCGAUUCUUCUGUUAGAUGAAGCGACGAGCGCUCUUGAUACAGCCUCUGAGAGGCUGGUUCAAGAAGCGCUUGAUAAGUUGAUGGAGGGAAGAACCACCGUUGUGGUGGCCCACCGCCUGUCGACAGUACGUAAUGCCGACAGUAUCGCGGUGCUCCAGAAUGGAACGGUGGUUGAGAGUGGGACACAUGACAUGCUUGCUGGCAUGCCAGGGAGUGUGUAUGCACAUUUAGUUAGUCUUCAAGAAGAGAAAAGCAUGUAGUGUAGGGUAUAUAUUUUUGGUAAAUACUUAAUUGUUGUUAACGUUAGAAGAAUGAUAAAUUGAUGGUAUAUUUGUGUUGCCAUAUAUACCAUACUGCAAUG